AUGGCUACCUCGACGCGCCAACCCUUUGCCGAGCUCGGCUCGUCUCGGCUGCAAGGACUGCACAGUGCAAAGAACCGCCAGAAUUCCAUCUCCAAGUUUUCCCCCUCGCAGAGCUUGAAGCUCACCCCCGGUCCGUCAACGGGUAAGCGCCAGCGUGCGCCCGAGAUCUUCGAGGAUGCCGAUUCCGAGAACGUGGACCCUCUCGUCUUUAGCAGCCCGACUAAGAAGACCAAAACCACCACCGCCAUCGCUAGUGACGCCGGAUUCGUCAAGCCAGCCAGCUUCCCAGCCUUCACCUCGCCUGUUAAGACCAGCACCAGCCUCACCUCCACGCCUUCCGUCUCAUCUUCCCGCAAGUCCCGCUCAUCGCCCAGCUCCACCAAGUCGACGCCCAUCACCAACAGCCGCGGUUCUCCAAAGAACAAGCGUCUCCAUGCCAUUUCCAAGCGUCGCGCCUCCACCUCGCCUUUCCGACGCGUCGACCCCCCAGCCUUCACCAAGAGCAGCCCAGGACUUCCCUUCUCCAUUGACGCAGCACUAAGCGGUUCCAUCUCUACCUACACCCCCAAGGCCCCUAAAGUAACAGCCACGCCCGCCUCCGCCCCUGCCCAACAAGCUAGCGCACUCGACGAAACCAUGCCCAAGGCCUGGUUCUUCGAGAUUCACGAGGACACCCCCGAGCAGGAGGCCUCGAACCUCAUGGAACACUCUGCCUCUACCCUUGACAUCUCAUCCGAUGACGACGUCGAGACCAAGACACGUAACGAGGACCGUGGAAAGGAGAACAUCCCUCCCCCAGACUUCCGUGCCUCGCAGCCCCGCUCUCAGGCCGCCACUCUAGUUGAGGAUGACGGCUAUGAGACUGAGAUUCUCGGUGAUGAGCCAAUUAAGCGCCGCAUCGUACGCAAGUUUGUCAAGGACUCGAUGGAUGAGGACCGCAAGCCAUUGGGCGACUUGGCGCCGAGCAACUUUUACGGCGAGGGAUGCGACUCAACCUCUUACGUCACUGUCGAUGCUGGUAUCGAAAAGCCUUCGCGUCUGUCCAAGGAGGUUGCAUUGUGUUCCGAUAUCGAGGAAGAGGAGUCAUCAACCAUCAACGGCGCAUCGCCAACACGACAGCCUGUCGUCGCGGCUUCAUAA